ACUUGUUUUCCGAACUGGCAGCAGCGUGCGUUCCUAGGACGGUUAUAACUCGGCUCCUUCUCUCAUCUCUCUUUUCAAACAUAACCCACACAGUCUUUCCAGGAUGCCUUACUUCGAUACCAUCCGUGGUUUAUUCGUUAACAACUUCACACGCCUUCAGUACGUCCUCGUUUUGCUUACUUGCGCAGUCACAUUCGCGUACCAUCUAUGCAGAGCGAUACUCCGAGAAAGUGUCUGUCUCCUCUUGGAUCCGGCAAAGCAUCUGUCUGCUCGCUCUCUUGCCUCUACUUCGGUGAACCACGAAGGAGAAACCCGAUGUGCUCAGAUACCCGGUGAUCCACAACACAUGUAUAUGUGCGAAUCACAGAAAAUCCCUAGCACUUCUUCGGGUAAUACGUCUCCUGCCGUCCAAGAUACCGAUGAUAAAACCACGAACUGGGAGGGGGUGUCGUCUGUGGCUCGUCCUCGUCUCGAUAUUGCUAGGCUGCGACGGCGUGUAGAAGAGAAAGAGGCACCUAGCGGGCGUACAGCAGUCGAGACAACGCCUAGGACCUCCGCUACUGAGCCCAUACCUCGCGCACUGCUCCGCCGGAAUGCUUACGCCAACCUGGGCCUCGGACGUCCAUCUCGCCCUCUGGUUCCUCAAUCACCAAUUCGUAUUCAGGGGCCGUUUAUUCGGCGACCCCUCAUUCCCAUGGCGCACCAAGCAACUGCUGCUAGUAAGCCUUUGCCACCGCCUCCGAAGGCAUCUCCAGAUGCGACUCCAAUCUACUACCCUGGACUUGGUCUCUGUUACUCAUCACGUCCUGUUGUGAAGCCUUCGGUAUCUAAACGAGGAUCGGCACAACGUCUCGCCAAGCCAUUGCUACUGGCCCCUGUCACCACGACUGCGACGGUGGUGUCUUCCCCUGCGACUAGAUUAAAGCCUUCUGCGAAGACCUUUGUGCCCGCGACUCCACGCGCCCCGACUGUAGCCCAAAAGUCCGAUAGCAAGACAGGCAUCUCCAGAGAUGAGGAUGCCAAUCUAGACACCCCCAUAACUAAAGGCGCCGUUCUGGGGUCCAGAUGCAUGAUCUCGAAGGCAGGAAAGGAAAAUGGUGAGCGAUUCAGGCAGCGCGGGAGGAGGGCGAAAGGUCCACGUGCAUUGCCAGUAGUCUGAAUGCGACGUUGUUAUCGUCACUCUCCAUACUUCAUAAUCAUACGUGUUUCGUACGUUUUAUACCCUGCUAUUGAAGUCAUCUUGCUUCUGGAAAUCUCGUGCCCUAUGCUCCGCUGGUAACGAGUUGUUCAGAUGAAUAAAAACGUUCUGUGGACAGAAGAGUGACGUACCA